AUGUUUUCAUUACUGCAGGAGUAUUUUGCCCUAAUUUUAGUGGCUGUCUUAGCACUACUUACCUCCGGCGUCGCCGCCUAUCGGCCUUUCGCCAUUGCGGAUCGGAGGCGAGGUCGCUACGAUGUCUCGGCAUUCGGCGCCGUCGGAAAUGGACGAACUGAUGAUGCCAAAGCCUUUGGUGCUGCUUGGAAGGCAGCUUGUGAAGCAAAAACGAGUACUGUGAAAAUUAUUGUCCCUGCUAGGAAAUCUUUCUUACUAUCUCCAAUUGAAUUCUUUGGCCCUUGCAAACCCUCUAAAAUAAAUUUCUUGAUAUCGGGCACGAUUUUGGCGCCGCAAAAGAGCGCGUACGGCAACUCCUACGAUACAUGGCUACACUUCUCUGGGAUCGAUGGGCUUGUAGUUGAUGGAAAUAGCCGAGGAACUAUCGAUGGUCGCGGAAAAUCUUGGUGGAGAAAGCGACCUACGGCGUUGCGAUUUGAUCAUUGCAAUAAUCUUAUUGUCAAGAGAUUGAUCCACAAGAAUAGCCAAAGGAACCAUGUUUCAAUAGAUGGUUGUAAUAAUGUCGAGAUAGCAAAUCUAAGCAUCCAAGCCCCGGGGAAUAGUCCCAACACCGAUGGAAUCGAUAUUAGUAGCUCCACAUAUCUUAACAUCCAUGAUAGCGACAUGAGCACCGGUGACGAUUGCAUCGCCAUCAACGGAGGAACCUCGAAUGUCAACAUAACUAAGAUAAAUUGCGGCCCGGGACAUGGAAUUAGCAUUGGAAGCUUAGGCAAGAAUGGGAGGCACGACGAAGUAUCCGGUAUUAGGGUUACGGGCUGCACCUUUACAAAAACUCAGAAUGGAGUGAGAAUCAAGACAUGGCAGGGAGGCUCCGGAUACGCAAAGGACAUUACUUUUGCGGACUCAGUAUUCAAGCUAGCCGGUAAUCCGGUCAUAAUCGACCAGUAUUAUUGUCCCAAUAGCAAUCGAUGUCCUGAGAAGGCAUCUGCUGUGAAGAUCAGCGGUGUGAAGUACUUAGGGCUUCGGGGGACAUCGGUGGCGAAGGAUGGCGCGAUCCAGCUGAUGUGCAGCCGGACAGUUUCAUGCGACGACAUUGUUGUGGACAAUGUGGACAUAAAACCAGCAAGUUGGGGAAUCCCUAAUACAGCCAAAUGUACCAAUGUAUAUGGAGAACAAAGAUUGGCAUACCCUAGUGUGACUUGCUUGCGAAAAAUAAAUGACUAA